UUGAAUAUGUGAAAAUGGCAACUUUAAUAAAAGUACUAAAAGCUCCAAAUACUAUCAAUAGUAUGACAAAAUUAUUGUCAAAUUUAUCGUUGAAUAAAAUUUUACAUCCAUCUGCCAGUUGGUCAUUUCAAACGAUACCAACAGUUCAUCGGUGUGCUUCUUUACACACAACAUUAAUAAAUUAUGGUUUAGAAGAAUUUUUUGAUGUAGAAAAAAACUGGAGUAAAAGUAAAAUUCAAACUGGUCGCUCAUGGAAGAAAGAUGAAUUAAGAAUUAAAAGCAACGAAGAUUUACACAAAUUAUGGUAUGUGUUGCUUAAAGAGCGAAAUAUGCUCAUGACAAUGGAACAUGCAUAUAAUGAAGCAUAUGAAUUGUUUCCAAGUCCUGAAAGAAUAGAUAAAGUUCUAGAUAGCAUGGACAAUCUUGAGGCAGUUGUACGUGAAAGAAAUGAAGCUUACUAUCAAUUAGAAACUGGAGAAAGUGGAGAACGGCCAUCUAAAAUUGUUAAUAAUGUUUUAGGUAUAAGACAUCUCUAUAAAUUGCGUCAGUAUACAAUACCCAAAUUCAUUAAUUCAAUUUGGAAAAAGAAACAUCAACAUCAUUACAAUGGAUAUGCUGUUCGAAAAUUUCUGAGGUUGUACCGUGAAAAACUUUGGAAUGAGAAACGAAAAGAAAUCAAUCGUCAAACAAAUAAUGUUGUAGCUAUUUUGAAGAAAUUCCCUAAUACUAAUUUGGAUGCAAUCAGAGCCAAAUAUCCUAAAAUCGAUUUAGAGAAAGCUUUGAGAUCUAAUAAAUUGAAGAGUUUAGGUAAUGCCUCUCGUAGAGCAUAG